AAUGGACGUCUUCCACUUUGGCCCAGCAAGAAGAUAAAGUGCCUCUGGGGAUGGUGAAGGACAGCCUCUGACACCUACUUCCUGUAGAACAGCUGUUCUCCAGUCUUAAGUGAUGCACCCCAGGGGGCUUCACAUCUCCUGUGCCUGUAGCAAGGCCUGCAGUGGUAGUAACAGCACAGCUCAGCCUUCCUGCAGACAGGGCCCUGCUGGCUUGGGGUGCCUCUUCCCCUCCUCCCAGGCCCUAAGGAGUGCUGGCCACAGGACCUCAGCUUCAACUGUGGGCAUCUGGGGUGGAUGGGGCCAUGCUGUGGAAGCCAUGGGCCCAACUUGAGGAUAGCAGGCAGGGACCAUCUUCAGAGUGGAACCAGAGAUGCUGGUUGUUUGGUACCAGGCAGUCAUAUGGAUGUGCCAGCUGACCUGUGACCUGUGAAGUUGUGGUCAGUUGUUGCUGCCCUGUCCUGGGAACUUCAGAGGCAGCCUUGGAUUCACUGUAAGCAGCCUCCUUUGUUGGUGGGAAGGGGCAAGGUGGCCUCUACUUUGAGUGGCCUGUCUCUUUGGUUCCUCCGGAGAAGAGUGAUUGGCAUGAAACUACAUACAAGGCCCUUGGAAGGUUCCAGAACACCUGCAUGUCCAGAGGUGCCUCUUCUCAUCUGCAAGGGGGUGGCUUUCCCACAUGUCACCAGCUUCCCUCCCUGGGAGGCUUAAUGUACCUUUUCUUCAGCUGAAGGUUUUUAGCCCAGACUGAAGGUAAGCCAUGUUCCAGAGGCAGAGCAGCAGCCCCUGCCCAUGACAGGCCCCUUCAGUCCAGGAGGAGAGGCUGGGCCAGCAGCAUGGAAGUCUGGGAAGUCCCAGAUCUUGACCUGCGAGGGCAGGACUUCCUGGGAGUUGGUACAAGGGCUUGUGGUCAUGGGGCAGGGAGUUGAGUCCUGUACAUCAGAUUCUGUCAGCCAGUUCCUGGGAGGGGCAGCACUUGGUGACCACUGAGGGGGACCCCAGUCAGCCUUGCCCACAGCUGGGCCCUGCUCACUAAGCACCCUCACUCCUUGAUGAAGUGCAAAGUCUCUGGGGCUGACAACUCCCUGUGGGUCAAACCAGUACCCUCAGAUUCUGAGCAACCCUGGCCUGCAGGACAGGCCAAAGUGGGCUCCAGGGCCAGACUGACUGAAGCAGCGGGGUAGAGGCUGGGAGAGGGAGGGGCAGGCUGGCUGUGGGCCUCUCUUUUCCUCCCCUGUCUCCUCCCUCCUCUGCUGGAGGAGCCAACUUCAAAAGCCUCUCCGCCUGCCCUGCAGCAAGGCAGUCCUGUCCAGGGAGCCCCGUAGACUGGUGUUGGACCUGGAGCAACUGCCAAGUGCCAGCUGCACUUACCACCAUAGACCCAGGACCAUGUGCGUGGUCCGCUGGAGGGAGUGAGGGAGGGCAAGACCCUGAUUGACCAAUGGUGAGCAGCUGGGCAUGGGGGGUGUUUGGUGUGUGUGUGUGGGGGGGGGCUGGAGUGCACAUAGGCCUAGGAAGAAGCCACUAGUGGUUCCCAGCAGAUUACAGCAUUGGGACCAGCUUUGAGUGCAUGCACCACAGCCUUCCUGGAACCCUUUCCUCCCAAGCUAGGCUAAGCCUGCGACUCCCUGGGUAGCCAGCCUGUCCCUCCAGCACCUCCCACUGGCCUGUCCUGAAUUGGAUGUACUACACUGGGACUGCAGUCCAUAGAAGGUUUAAGCCCUCAAACAGUUGACCAUGGUGUGUGGUGGGCCUCAGGAAAGGGUACAGUGAACUGUCUGCUCUUCUGAUUGCUGCUUGGUGCCGUGGAUAGGAGGCCCCCGGCCCUCCCUUCCCCCCCCCCCUUUAGAUGAGGUUUGGGUACAUGCAGUCAGACUCCCCUGCUGGUGCUGGGAAGCAGAGUCGAGUCCUGUGGUCCGGCUGGGUUCACAUGAUUGAUUUUCCAGCCCGAGUCGGCUGUCUUGACUCUAGCCUGAGGGCCUGGGAACCAUGGAUUGUCUUCUUGAUGCUUGGGCUUCCCCUGAGAGCCAGUUCCCACCCCUGUUCUGGGUAGGAAGGGACCUGUUGGCUGACUGCUUGCAGUAUGAUAUGGUGGCCCCCUUUCUCUCCAUCAUCUUUGGGGGUUUCUUUUUUUUUUUUUAAGAGUUUUUUUUUUAGUUCUCGGCAGACACAACAUCUUUGUUUUUUGUAUGUGGUGCUGAGGAUCGAACCUGGGCCGCACACAUGCCAGGCGAGCGUGCUACCACUUGAGCCACAUCCCCCGCCCAUCUUUGGGGGUUUCUCCAGCCUUUCCCUUUCCAAUGAGGUGUAGUUUGCAGCUCUGAGUCUGCCUCUCUCUGGGUUGACUUGGGGUGUGUGUGUGAGGACCCUAGUUCUCAUGGCUCUGUGAGCUGGAUAAAGCACAGCCAUGGGUAGAGGGUGGGAGCCACCAUGUCACACAGGGCAGAGUGGUUCUACUCCACCCUCUGGGAUGGCAGAGCUUCUAUUCUAUUCUGUGGGCAUCCAGAGGAGAUGAGGUGGGGAACUUGGCAGGAGGAAAGCCUGAUCCAAGUGGUAGAUUGUAGCUUGUGGGUAUGGUCCUGACCCUGGCCAGGGGGUGAGGCUAUAGUGGUGCAAUUAAAUGCUGUGCCCCUGCUGUGCAGAGCCCCUAGACCCUGCCCUCCAGCCUUGCAGGGGGUCCCUCAUCCAUCGUCUGUCUUUCCCAGAUAACCACAGCAUUUGGCCCUGUUUUGGAAUAGCUCCUUUAUUUUCUUGGUCCUUCAGGGAUCAGUGAAAGGUGCCCCACCCCACCCCACAUAUACCCCAAGAUCUUUGCACAGAGCUAUCUGGUUUGCAGGCCUGUCUAGUUUCUCCAUCCUUGAGACAGGGACUUAUCCUUUCAGCCCUGUGUCCAGAGGCUUUGUUGGACAAUGACAUCUGUUUUAUACCAGUUCAGAUUGGGGCAGGGGUACACCUUCUCUGGUGGCCCAAAGUGCCUAAAAGGAUGCCCCUCAUACUAGAAGGCACUCCAUAGGCUCACAUCCCAAGCCCAGACCUGGUGUCCCCUCCAGGUGCCCUCCAAGCCCACACUCUGCGCCCUCCUGCUGGCACUGCUGUGGUUGGUUCCUGACUGGGCUAGGCCCAGUGCCUGCAGCGUCCCAGAGGUGCUCCGCCACUAUCGCGCAGUCAUCUUCGAGGAUCUGCAGGCCGCAGUGAGACAGUUAGGGCCAGAGCCAGGCUCGGGAUACCACCAUCUCCUUGAGAAAAACCUAACUGGAAUGGGCGGAGGGCGGAGACGACCUAGUGUCUCCUGCGGUGCCCAGAAGCUUUCCUUCCCUCCCCAGGAGCACAGUAUCCUUCUGUCCAUUGAGUCCCUGGGCCAGACUCUGCGCCGGGCAGUGACUGGGGGCCGCCGUGGUUCCCUGGAGAAAGCUGCAUGGACUGUGGCCCUACGCACCGAGGCGGUGAUGAGGCGCCACUGCUGGAAGCUUCGCCAGCAGAGCCGGCGCCCCAGGAUGCGUCCUGUCCGGCGCCGCGGUGGUCGGAGGCGGCUCCUUCUACGUGCCCUGGACACCGUCGCCACCUGCUGGGAGAAACUCUUCGCGCUGCGCGCCACGGCCACCGGGGAAUCCUAGUUUCCCGCCCUGCCCCCCGACCCAGCAAAAAACUUGGGGAUCCGCGGCGGAAUCUGGCAACAAGCCUCCUUUGAUUGAUGUCCCGAUGGCAGCCUCUUCUGCUCGCUCAACCAGCCUGCCCUCCCCGAGGGCCCGGGACUUGGGAGAAGCAAGCCAUGGCGGGUCCCGGAGGUGGCCCGCCCCCAAGAACCGAGCGAGGCCUCAAUAAAUGGAGUUGGUGCUA